AUGGACUCCCAGAACGAGAAGCUUGCAGACGCCACCAACAUCGCCGAGACCGGCUCGAUCACCACCAAUGCUGAGUCUUCAGCCAAUGGUGCGGGCAAGGGCCCCAUCGUCAACAUGACGACCUUGCCCGAGGAGUCGUUCUUUGCCUACGAUGCGUUCACCGUCGCCGCCGGUCACGAUGGCGAGCACGUUGACUUCCGUAGCAUGGGUUGGCUCAAGGCCGGUCUGGUUGCCACUGCCGAGAACAUCGCGCUCGGUAUUCUGUCCUUCCCCUCGAUCAUGAUGCGUCUUGGUGUCGUCGGAGGUAUCAUUGCCACUGUCGGUCUCGGCAUCAUUGCCUACGUCACUGCCUGGAUCAUGAUCGACUUCAAGCUGAGGCACAUGGGUGUCAUGCACUACGGUGACGCCGGUGGUGUCGUCUUCGGCAAGUGGGGCUCGCGCAUCUUUGGUACCGGUAUGGUUCUCAAGGCCAUGGGUCUUGCUGGUUCGCACGUCCUCGUCGGCCAGACUGCCCUCAGCAACAUCUCCGAGAAGGCCAUCUGCGCUGUCUGGUACGGCUUCAUUGUCACCAUUGCGUCCAUCCUCCUCUCGUACAACCGCGAGUGGCACAAGCUUUGGUGGAUGUCGUUCAUCUCGAUCGGUGCCAUUUUCACCGCCUCCAUCAUCACCAUGGUCGCCACCGGUGUCCAGUCUCCCUCCGUCCUUGAGACCGCCAAGGGCGGCCCCAUUCACUGGCACGCUUUCCCUGAGGACCCCUCGCUCAUGAACAUCAUUGGCGGCAUCACCAACGUGAUCUUCGCGUACGGUGGCAACAUGGCCGUCUUCUCCUUCUGCUCCGAGAUGCGUCGCCCCAACGACUUCAAGAAGUCGUUUGCCCUGUCGCAGAUUGUCGCUGUUAUUGCCUACGUUAUCGUCGGCUGUGUCAUCUACUCGUUCGGCGGUCAGUACACCACCUCGCCCGCUCUUACCAUGACGACCACUGCUGUCCGCAUCACUGCCUACUCGAUUGCGCUCAUCACCAUCAUGGUCUCUGGUAUCCUCGGCGCCAACGUCGGUGCCAAGUACCUCUACGUCUCGACCCUCCGUAACUCGGCCCUUCUUACCUCGACCUCGUGGAAGGCCCAGUUCUACUGGAUUGGCUGCGUCGCGCUCACUUGGAUCGUCGGCUUCGUCUUCUCGGAGCUCAUCCCCUUCUUCAACCCCAUUCUCACCAUUAUCUCGUCCCUCUUCUCGGUCUGGUUCAUCUGCGGUGGAGCUGCUUUCCUCUGGUUCUACGACAACCACCCCUGGUUCGCCAAGUACCACAACGACGGUGAGAUCCGUGCGGUCAACACCAUUGGCAAGAAGUUCCUCAUGUCCGUCUCCAUCCUCUGUCUCAUCAUCUCCGUCGCCAUCACCCCUCUCGGUCUCUACUCGGCCGCCCAGAGCAUCAUCGACGGCUACCGCGCGGGCACCUUCACCCACCCCUUCGCGUGCUAA